UUGACGAAGACGUGGAACUUUUCACUGUUAGCGUAAGAUUUUGAUUUGAGUUCCGCUUAAUUUCUCGUAACUCUGGCUCUCAGUUUGUUGGAUGACAGCUACCUCUCAUGGCAACAAUAAAUCUUAGAAAUGAAUCUCUGGUCAUAGGGCACUUCAGAAAUAUUAAAGACAGACUCUUUGGAGUGAAGCGUUCCAAGAACGAACCUUAUGUUGCUACUGACGGUACUGGAGGAGGGGGUUUGAGCGGGUUUGACACCUUGCCGGUGGAAAUGCAGUUCCUCAUCAUUACAUUCCUGUCUCCGCAAGAUCUGUGCAGACUGGGAGGCACCAGUCGGUAUUGGCGAGCACUGAUUCAAGAUCCUUCUCUUUGGAAAUAUUUCUUGUUGCGAGAUAUGCCUCUUUGGUCAUCAAUUGAUCACCUUUCAAUGCCUGACAUGGAGAGUCUAGAGAGAGCUCUGUCAGAGAGCUCUGAGUCAGAAAGCCGAGAUUUUAUGGCAGAUUACCUCAAGGCUUGUCCAGCAUGCUGCGGCCUGUGGCAUCAGUCAAGGCCAGCCUAUGAGGCAGUGACAUCCUUCCUGAAGUCCAUGGUGGUGACGGCGGAACCACGCUUUGCCAUGUUUGGACCCGGGCUGGAGAAACUAGAGGUGUCUUUAGUGACAACCAUGCUGAAUUCCCCAAACAUCCUACCAGUCACGGGCGUAACCCAAAGACAGAUAAAUGGCAUUGGAUCAGGAAUUAGUUUUAUGUACAGUGACCAGCACAAGUUCAACAUAUUGACACUUUAUUCAACUAACAGGACAGAGAGAGAGCGAGCUCGGCUGGAGAAUGUGGAUGUUCACAGUAGAUUGUUUACCCAGAGGGAGGAUGAGGAUUCUGGGAGGCCAACGUUCCACCUCGCUCCCAACGUGCAGGAAGUGUGCCGAGCUGUUGAUGGAUUCAUCUUUGUGACAAAUGCAGAACGAGGAAAAGAGUCUGACGAAGCAAAGGAGAGGGAGUUUGCCCAGAUCAGGGCCAUGUUGGAGCCCGUGUGGGGCCCUUCCUCGCGGCCCCUCCUGGUGUUGUCCUGCACGGCCCACGAGGGCCCCGAGUGUCCUCGUGUCCCCUGCCUAAAAGCAGCCCAGUGGCUGAAGCUCAGUCUCCUGCCAAACCCCUGGAUGGUACAGGACACAGUUGCAGAGACAUUAUCAGGCCUUCUGGAUGGCAUCCUGUGGCUACUCAGACAUUCUGGAAUAAGACUCUAGCCCUGUGAUGACUAUUUUUUCUGUAGGAUCACACUUCAGCCACCAGAGGGCAGCACAGUCCAGUAUCUGCGGUUGUUGGCUGUGAAAUCUGUUGAUGUGUUAAUAUGCUUUCCAUUUGUGUUUUUCUGCUGAUUCAGUCCAAGCUGCUAAUGUAAACCUUUUAAGUAAAAUGCCACGGCUGGGUCACACUACUGCCUUUUUGCAUUCAGCACUUGUGUAUUUUUUGGAUUAGUUUGACCAAAAGGAUGCUAUUGCCAUUCCUCCAUUUUACAAUUUCACAUUACUUCACACAAACUCACCCUUUUAUUUUUUAGUCAGUUUGAGACUAUAAAGUCAUUCUUGACAUGUCAAUUGUUUUCUUAGGUUUUUCUUUUGCUCAUGAAUUUUCUCAAGUGUUUAUCUUGGGUUGUGUUGCUUGUUUGGUUACAGUUUUUUCAGCUAACAAGCGUUUGUCUAACCAGUUGUCACAUUUUCAAAACUCUAAACACAAUUAGCACAGCAUCUGUCUUUUG